AUGAACGUCGUUCCGGCGCGUGUUGCCGGUGUCGAUCGCAUCGUGAUGGUGGGGCCAAGCCCGGACGGCGUUCUGAACCCGCUCGUUCUGGCGGCCGCCAGAGUUGCCGGCGUCACCGAGAUUUACCGUAUUGGCGGUGCCCAGGCCGUUGCCGCACUUGCCUUCGGUACUCAAACCAUUUCUCCGGUUGCCAAGAUCGUCGGUCCCGGAAAUGCCUUUGUUGCUGCUGCAAAGCGCCGGGUGUUCGGCACCGUCGGCAUCGACAUGAUUGCCGGGCCUUCCGAAGUUCUGAUCGUAGCGGAUGGCGACAACAAUCCCGACUGGAUUGCCGCCGAUCUGCUGGCUCAGGCCGAGCACGAUACGGCCGCCCAGUCCAUUCUGAUGACAGAUAGCGAAGAUCUGGCCGUUCAGGUGGAAAGAGCAGUGGACGCGCAGCUGAAUACGUUGCCGCGCGAGCAGGUGGCAAGGGCCAGCUGGCAGGAUUUCGGUGCGAUCAUUCUGGUGGAGAACCUUGAGGCCGCAAUGCCGCUGGCCAACCGGAUCGCGCCCGAACACCUGGAGCUGGCUGUUGCCGAUCCGGAAGAUCUCUUGAAAAAAGUGCGCAAUUCGGGGGCAGUUUUUCUCGGACACUAUACGCCGGAAGCGAUUGGUGAUUAUGUCGGUGGCUCCAAUCACGUGUUGCCCACGGCGCGGUCUGCGCGGUUUUCCUCAGGUCUCUCCGUUCUGGAAUUCGUCAAGCGCACCUCGAUCCUGAAGUGCAAUGCGGAUAAUCUGCGGGCUCUUGGCCCGGCGGCAAUCACACUGGGCGAAUCUGAGGGGUUGUCGGCGCACGCGCGCUCUGUUUCCAUCAGGUUGAACAUGUAA